GGCGGCGGCGACGGCGGCGGCGCACGUGGUGACGUGCGAGGGGGUGCAGCGCGAGCGGGCGGCGGCGGCGGCGGCAGUGUCUCCCGGACGCGCGUGGAGGUCGGGAGCUCCGAGCUGCUCGGCACAGUUUCUCCGCCUGCUGCUUCGGCCCGGCAGUGCUAGCGAGCGAGCGAGUUCCCGCGAACCCUCGGUGGCGCGGCCCCCUCCUCGCAGCCUCCGCGGACUGACCGCUCGUCUUCCCGCUCGACCGCUCCCCCCCUCCGCGGCCUCGAGGCGCUUUCCGUUGGGCCGAUUCCCGCCCGCUUCCUCCUGCUCCCCGUCGAAGCUCCAGACAUGAGUUUUUCCAUCUCUUCAGAGAUGAACCAGAUUAUGAUGCAUGAUUAUCACAGAAGAAAUUCGUGUCUAUAGCUUUUAAGGACUUGAUUACAUCAUUUCAAGCCUGAUAGUUUUGGAAUCACCAUUAGAGCUUAAGACACCUCUGCCUUCACUUCACAACCACCUGUCUUCAUACCUUGAGGAAGUGCUGAGUUUUAACACUCCUUUGUCCUUGGAUUAUCUAAGACGUCCCAGAUAUCCAUUUCUCACCAGUUCAGUAGCCAAAUUUAUAAGGAAAAAUGAUUCCCAAUGGAUAUUUAAUGUUUGAAGACGAAAAUUUUAUUGAGUCUUCUGUUGCCAAAUUAAAUGCCCUGAGGAAAAGUGGCCAGUUUUGUGAUGUUCGACUUCAGGUCUGUGGCCAUGAGAUGUUAGCACACAGAGCAGUCCUGGCUUGCUGCAGUCCCUAUUUAUUUGAAAUCUUUAAUAGUGAUAGUGAUCCUCAUGGAAUUUCUCAUGUUAAAUUUGAUGAUCUCAAUCCAGAAGCUGUUGAAGUCUUACUGAAUUAUGCCUACACUGCUCAGUUGAAAGCCGAUAAAGAAUUGGUAAAAGAUGUUUAUUCUGCGGCAAAAAAGCUGAAGAUGGACCGAGUAAAGCAGGUUUGUGGUGAUUAUUUACUAUCUAGAAUGGAUGUUACCAGCUGCAUCUCUUACCGAAAUUUUGCAAGUUGUAUGGGAGACUCCCGUUUGUUGAAUAAGGUUGAUGCUUAUAUUCAGGAGCAUUUGUUACAAAUUUCAGAAGAGGAAGAGUUUCUUAAACUUCCACGGCUAAAGUUGGAGGUAAUGCUUGAAGAUAAUGUUUGCUUGCCCAGCAAUGGCAAAUUGUAUACAAAGGUAAUCAACUGGGUGCAGCGUAGCAUCUGGGAGAAUGGAGACAGUCUGGAAGAGCUGAUGGAAGAGGUUCAAACCUUGUACUACUCAGCUGAUCACAAGCUGCUUGAUGGGAACCUACUAGAUGGACAGGCUGAGGUGUUUGGCAGUGAUGAUGACCACAUUCAGUUUGUGCAGAAAAAGCCACCACGUGAGAAUGGCCAUAAGCCGAUGAUAAGUAGCAGUUCCACUGGAUGUCUCUCUUCUCCAAAUGCUACAGUACAAAGCCCUAAGCAUGAGUGGAAAAUCGUUGCUUCGGAAAAGACUUCAAAUAACACUUACUUGUGCCUGGCUGUGCUGGAUGGUGUAUUCUGUGUAAUUUUCCUUCACGGGCGAAACAGCCCACAGAGCUCACCAACGAGUACUCCAAAACUAAUUAAAAGUUUAAGCUUUGAGGUGCAACCAGAUGAGCUAAUAGAAAAGCCCAUGUCGCCCAUGCAGUAUGCACGAUCUGGUCUGGGGACAGCAGAGAUGAACGGCAAGCUCAUAGCAGCAGGUGGCUAUAACAGAGAGGAGUGUCUUCGAACAGUUGAAUGCUAUGAUCCACAUACAGAUCACUGGUCCUUUCUUGCUCCCAUGAGAACACCAAGGGCUCGAUUUCAAAUGGCUGUACUCAUGGGCCAACUCUAUGUGGUAGGGGGAUCGAAUGGCCACUCAGAUGACCUGAGUUGUGGAGAGAUGUAUGAUCCAAGCAUAGAUGACUGGACUCCUGUUCCAGAAUUGAGAACUAACCGUUGUAAUGCAGGAGUAUGCGCUCUGAAUGGGAAAUUAUACAUCGUUGGUGGCUCUGAUCCAUAUGGUCAAAAAGGACUGAAAAACUGUGAUGUAUUUGAUCCUGUAACAAAGUCGUGGACAAGCUGUGCUCCUCUUAACAUUCGUAGACACCAGGCUGCAGUCUGUGAGCUUGGUGGUUAUUUGUACAUAAUUGGAGGCGCAGAGUCUUGGAAUUGCCUGAACACGGUAGAACGUUACAAUCCUGAAAAUAACACCUGGACUUUAAUCGCUCCCAUGAAUGUGGCUAGACGAGGAGCUGGCGUAGCUGUUCUUGAUGGAAAAUUGUUUGUAGGUGGGGGCUUCGAUGGUUCUCAUGCCAUCAGUUGUGUGGAGAUGUAUGACCCAACUAGAAAUGAAUGGAAGAUGAUGCGAAACAUGACUUCACCAAGGAGCAAUGCUGGGAUCGCAACUGUAGGGAACACCAUUUAUGCGGUGGGAGGAUUUGAUGGCAAUGAAUUUCUGAAUACGGUGGAAGUCUAUAACCUUGAGUCAAAUGAGUGGAGCCCCUAUACAAAGAUUUUCCAGUUUUAACAAAUUUAAGACCCUCUCAAACUAACAGGCUUAGUGAUGUAAUUGUGUUUAGUAGAGGUACACCUGUGAAUAAGGAGGGUGGGUGGGUAUAGAUGUUGCUAACAGCAACACAAAGCUUUUGCAUAUUGCAUAUUAAACAUGCUGUACAUACUUUUUGUGUUUAUUGGGAAAGGAAUGCAAAGAUGAAGGUCUGUUUUGUGUAUUUUUAGGACUACUUUGGUUAUUUUACUUUUUGGAAGUUGAUAUUGUAAAAGAAUAAACCAAGACUUGAUCGGGCAUGUCAUUUCAAGAAGUCCCCUCUCCUCCACAUUUGUUUUUGCCAAUUUGCACAUUGAAUGACUCUUCCCUCAAACAUGUAUUAUGGGGCAAGAGGGGGUAGGGUUUAAGAUCUAGGCAGUUGGGUUUUUUAAGGGCCCUUUUUCAAUAACUGGAACACUCUAUACAAAAGAGACUUACUUAUUUAACUAGAUAACAAUGACUAUUUUUGUUUUUAUUAAAAGAAAGCUGACAUGCCUACCAAGAUUUAAUCUUUUAUGAUUGCCUUUUUAUAACUUUUUAUAUUCUCAGCACAGUGCUUUACCUGUUGAAGAUAUGGCAGAUUCAAAUUACUGAAGCAGGGUGGCAGUCUUAAAGGAUGCGGAGUGAGGUGUUUUAUACGCCCAGAAUGCAAACUUCUAAGCUUUUGCCUCAGCUACUUUUUUUUUUUUUUUUUUGAGAAUGCAGUACCAUUGUUUAUUUGAAUGGAGUUGCUGAACAGUAACAUAGCUACGAUUUUUAUUUGAAACACUGAUUUCAAAUAUUUUGACUUCCUGAGGGUAUAUUUUAUAUAGCAAGACACUUAAUAUAUAACAGUAAAGAACAGUGAAGUACUUUAUUUUCUAAAUAAUUCUUGUCUUUAUUUAUCAUUAACAAAACAGUCCUAAAUAGCGCCCUCGAUUGUGAAAAAAAAUUAAACUGUAUUGGGUGUAUGAAUGCAGCCUUUAUCAGAACUAUGUUUUUGUUCAGUUUUUCUCUUCAUAUGGAUAAAUACUGGUUGGGGUGACUUUAUCGAAUGUGUUGUGCUACACAUAUAACUUAUGGUGCCAAAUUAGCACAUCCUAAUGCUUGCUGCCAGUGCAAACAUAUUAAAGGUACUUGCAGGAAAUCCUUGCACCAUGGAAUUAAUAUCCAAGUGUUGUUUGUGUACUCAUUCAUGACUAAAAGCUUUGGGGACAAUUUUUUUUUCCCCCAGUAAUAAUGAGUAUUUGUGGGAAAAUAGUCACCUGGCACGUCUGAAAUAAGAACUGAUGGUAAUUACCGAUUUUUUUCUCAGAGAAGACAAACACACAGGAAUCUAAUGAGCCAACUAGGACAAGAUGACUACCAGUGGCUAACUUGGAUUAGGAAGAAAAUUGUUCCACUGGUACCUAGACACCUUCUUUCUCUCAUUCCACAAAAAACCAUCAAGAAAGCUCACCUGGUGGCUAUGUAGUUGCUGACUAUAUUUGUUGAUUUGGUUCUGGACUAAAACUAGGUUGGCAGAUUUGAAUUUGCCUAAUAGGAUGACUAUUUUUUUUAAAUGGAUCUGUAUAUGUCUUAUUUAGCCCAAGGAAAUAAAAUUUUAGUUGGGGAUUCAGCAAUAAAAUAUUUGAAAUUACUUCUCAAUUUCUAAGUAACCUGCUAAUUCCCAAGUAGCAUUAAGCAAAUAAUAGGUGUGAAUACUCUGGGUCAGAGUUUUUCUGUAUUAUUGAUGCCAAACAGGUAGUUUUGGUGGUUAAAAGUAUGUUUUUUAAGUAUGUUUUAAAUAUAAGAAGAAGCUCCCAUAAAGGGGAAAAAAAAACAGUGCUCAUUGACCAGUUGUUUAUAUUUAUUUCCAUCUAAAAGGUACACGUUUUUCUUGAGGGAAGGAGAAAAUGUGGCAUAGCUUCAAGAUAAUUAAAAAUGUUUUUACCACCAGUGUGGGUUUGGGGGUAGUUUAGAAAUAACGUUGGUAAUAACCACCCUUGUGAUCAAUUGUAAUAAUGCAUAAAACAUACAGAUGCCUAAAACAGUAGCAAAACUAUAAAAUACCUGCUUGAAUUAAUAAUAAUUGGUUAUACUCACACAUGAAUUUUCUUUCAUUGUGACAUUCAAUGUAGGGUUUUGAUUUUUGGCUUCUAGUAUGUCAUAUAUGCUUUCCCAUUCAAGAUGUUUUAGAAUUCCUUAUAUUUUAGGGGAAAAAACUGGAUCUGGGCGUUUGAUACAGUCCUAGGAUCCUUAAUACUCUAGGUGUGCACCCUAUGAUUUCUCCAGAUCUUUGAAUUCUUAAAACUGAAGUAGGUAAAAGAAAGAGUCCCUGGAGGAUAUUUCUGCAACUUCAAAGUUGCCUUUGGAAGAAUAUGAGAUCACAGAAAGUUUUGUCUCUGUUAGUCCUUUAUUUGUAUCCUACUUGGUUCCAAAAAAGGAUUUGAAGAGUCUUUCAUUGAAUGACUGGAUGAAUUAACUGGGUGAAAAAAAAAAAAGAAAAACAAGGAAACACCAAUGUAUGUAAUAUAAUGGUGGUUAACCAGGGUGUUGGAUAAGAGUGGUGGUGUUUAAGGGUACAGACUUGUAAUGAGUAAUAAAUAAACCUGAGAUCUAA